UUGACAUUUCAAAUCGAAAUGUCAAGAAGGAUUGACGUAUAAAUGUGGAAAUAUGUAAAAUAAUAAAAAAAAUACACAUAUCAAUAAAUUAAUGAAACUUAUAUCGGUGGAUAAUGUCAUUAGCAUCGAAAAUAACAUUUAUUAGCUGUUUAAGUGCUGCAGUUGGAAUUAUAGGUUAUGUUCACUAUAAUCAAAAUGAAGACAGAGAAAAAUUACAUGAAGGAGUGAUUCGAGAUGUUCAACGUCAACAGCAAAGGAAAAGAGAAAAUUUAUAUUUACUUCAAAAGCAAAUAGAUUUAACAAAUCAAUUGAAAUCAGAAAUGGAAGACAGAUGAAAUUAAUUAAUAUUAUCUAGAUAUAUAAAUAGAACAAUAAUAGCAAUAAAUUAAU